AUGAAUAGACAAAUAAUAAAAUUAAUCAUUGAAGGAAAAAUAUCAGAAAAAAGGAAUAUAAAUAAUCAGAUAAUUAAACGUAAUUUAGAAGAAAUAAUCCUCGAUUUUAAAAAAUAUAAAAAAAUAAUAAAUGAAAAUAAUCUAUUAAAUAAUAUUACUCGAUAUACAAAAAUUGUUACUAUUAGUUCAUAUCAUUUAAAUCAUAUGUACACAAAUAUCAUCCAUCCAUUAUUAAAAAAUAAACAACUUCAUUUUACCUUAAUACCCAAUAUUGUUUAUACUUAUAAAAAAAAAAAAGAACACAAUUUUAUUUUAAAAGAAAUCAAUCAAUAUAUAAUUCAUAAUAUAAUAAACAAAAAUAUAAACACACAUGAUAACUUAAAUAAUUGGAUUAAUGUAUUACAAGUCUUUUCAUCUAAAUAUAAUAAUAUUAAUUAUAUCCCUUUAUUAAAAUUUAUUUUAUUUCCUCAAUGUUAUGAACAAAAUGAAGGAAAUAAACAAAUCAAUCCUAUAGAUAUACAUCAAAAAGAGAACAACAUAAAUGCAUCACAUAAUUUAUUACCCUCAGAAUAUAAUAAUUGUAUUAGUAAAAAACAAAAUGAUGAUAUCUUUUUAUUAAAUAAUUUAGAUUAUAAAAUAUUUGAUAUAUUAAUUCCUCGAACUUUUUGCAUUCUAAUCAACAUACUGUCUAAAAUUGAUCUACAAUAUAAUAAUACUAAUUUUGUUGUACCUUUUUCAUUUUCCUUCUUUUUUUAUAAUAACUAUAUUUAUAAUAAAAUAAUCAGUAUGCUACCACAAUUUAACAAUAUCGAUUUAUGCUUAAUUAUAGAUUCUCUUCAUAAAUUUAAAUACCCAAAUAAUAAUAACUUAUUUAAAUAUAUUGAGAAUGAAGUUUUUAAAAGAAUUAACACAUUUGACAUAUAUCAAAUUUCUAUCAUUUUUCAAAAAUUAGCAAAAUAUUGGAAUUACUACUCUAUAGAUGAUCAGAAAAAGGUAGACCAUUUUUCCAUAACCUUUAUGAAAAAUAUACAGAAAUAUAUAUUCCACUAUUCAUUAAAUAAUCAAAAAAAAAAUAAAUAUAUUUUUUACACUGAAAAUAAGCAUUCUUUAAUUCAAAUUAUUCCCAUGUUUUUUUUGGCAUAUACAAAAAAUAUUCCUGCCUUUUUUCCAUACUACAUAACCUUUAGUAAAUUUCUAAAUCUCCAACUUUUAUUACUAGCUAAAUACGUAAUACUUUUGAAAAAUAACCACCACCCAAAUUGUAAUAUCUUUCAGAACAAUAAUAUUCUUAAUACAGAGCCAGAUAAUAUAAAACAAAUUUCAAAUAAUUUAGAAAAUAUCAAUCAAACUAUUUCUAAUUUGAUUUAUUCAAUUACCGGUUAUUUAUACAAUAUUUUAACAUCACAUAAUAAAAAUUAUGAAAAUAAGACAGUGCUUACUCAUUUUUCGCUAACUAUAACUAAUAUUUAUAAAUUACUUGAUUAUUUUAACUUUUUUUAUAAUAACAGAAAAAUAUUAUCAAUAAAAGAAUAUAAUACUUUUAUUAUUCCCUUACAUAAAUCACAACUUUUAACAUUUUUAUAUAUAUACUGGGAAUUUAUUAUAAAAUUAUAUUAUCAUUUAAAUAAUAUUCACCCUACUGACAACAAUAUUUAUAGUUCUUUAUUAACCAAUUAUCAAAAUUUUUAUCACAUAAAUAAAACUACACACGAAAAUGAUUUUUUUUAUUAUAUUAAAUUAAAAUAUAUUAAAAAAAUAUUCCAGAUUAUCACAAUUUUGGAUACUGUCAAUUCAAAUACUAUAAUGAAUGAAUCAUUAAAACGGAACAAUAUACAUAUUGCGAAUAUUUAUUCAGACAUACUAAAUAUAAUUAAUGAAAAAAAAUUAACUAGCCAAAAUUAUUUUUUCAAUAGACAAAUUAUAGCUUCCUACACAAUUUCUGUACUGUGCAGGUCAAAUUAG